CCCAAAAGAAGCUCCUCGCUUUUCCGUGGCAUUCCCAUUUGCUAGUGCGCUGCUGCGGCCAUAUGCCUGAUUGAUAUAUGCCUGCAAUGGCACUUUUCCAUUUGACAUUCUCAUUCUCUCUCUCUCCCUCUCCCUCUCCGUCUCCCUCCCUCUCCCUCUCUCUCUCCCUCUCUCCCUGUGUCGCUUAAACAACAGUCCUAACUUUUGUGUGUUGCAAAUAUAAAAGGCAAGCCAUGUGACAGAGGGACAGAAGAACAAAAGCAUUUGGAAGUAACAGGACCUCUUUCUAGCUCUCAGAAAAGUCUGAGAAGAAAGGAGCCCUGCGUUUCCCCAAAGCUGUGCAGCAGAAACGAUGAGGAUGGAUCACAAGUGCAAAGAGUGAGACAAAACUCUGGCAUACAAAAGACAAUGACAAUCAGAAAGCUUCAGCCAGAUCCUGCCCUUGCCCUGAAAGAAACUGGAUCCUAGAAGGUGAAGGCAUUACCAAUUUUUGUCCUCGGUCUCCCUCUGCUGUUCUUCUGGAGAAGUUUUCCCUCACAACAAUGAGAAAUCAUGUACUAGCUGCAUCUUUUUCUAUGCUCUCCCUGCUGGCCAUAAUGGGAGAUACUGACAGCAAAACAGACAGCCCGUUCCUGAUGGACUCAGACCCUCGACGCUGCAUGAGACACCAUUAUGUCGAUUCUAUCAGCCACCCACUGUACAAAUGUAGCUCAAAGAUGGUGCUCCUGGCCAGGUGCGAGGGGCACUGCAGCCAGGCAUCACGCUCUGAGCCCUUGGUGUCCUUCAGCACUGUCCUCAAGCAACCUUUCCGUUCUUCUUGUCACUGCUGUCGACCCCAGACCUCCAAGCUGAAGGCUCUACGUCUGCGCUGUUCCGGGGGCAUGCGACUCACUGCCACCUACCGGUACAUCCUCUCCUGUCAUUGCGAGGAAUGUAGCUCCUGAGGCUUGCUGCAGAAUGGCUGCUGGCUGGGACAACCACAGAAGCAGUCCAUCCAGCCAGGGGAGGACUGACAAGGACAGGUUAAGGCAAAUAAAGAUGCAGCGAUUCCCACUGGAUUCUGUGUAUUCUAGUAAUAAAGACUCUAUGCACUUUCUGACAGAGAGAGCUACUCUGGGAACUUGGUUUCAGUUCCCACCUCCUUUCCCUGGUACAUUUUCUUUUGGUUACGUUUCAAAUUUAGGCAUUUCCCCCUGUCAGCUCUGAAUGCAUUUUGGGUUUCUGGCCAUUCUGAAUUAGGGGGAAAAUGUGGGCCCCUAUGCAAGAGUGUGUCAGGCUAUUCCUACGUGGUGCAUAUUAGGGAAGAACAUGCCCAAUUCUUCCUAGGACAUCUUCUACUGUUUUCAUCUUGUUAGUUUGGUUUAAGGUCGCCACUGCCUCUAAAGGUUACCAAGUUCAAAUUCUGGACACAAAGCAUGUAGAUAUGUUUAGUAAGGUUUACUCACUAACAGCUAACUGGCUUUCAAACAACUAACAAGUGGAUUCUUUUAUGUGACUGUGAAACUCUUGAUGGCUAUCAUUGCUCAGAAAUGACUUUGGGGAAGUAAAGGUGGCAUAAGGAAAAUAUCAUCGAAGUGUACUUGCAGUUACAUUAUGGUAAAAUUUUGUAAGGAAGCAGGCUUUCGGAGACUGGCACACAUAUGGAUCCUGCACUAACUCUGGAAAAGUCAUCUAUGUGCUAAUGGCAUGGAGAAUGCACCAUACUCAUGCAUGCAAAUUAGAAAACCAAGUGUAAAUCUAUGUGUGGGUGUGCUAUAGCUUUAGCCAUUCACCUGUCCAUGUAAGGCUUGUUGCCAAAAUGGUGGCCUGGUUCAUUUUCCGAGCAGUUGGUUCCAAUAUACUUUGGCACUUGAGGCUCAAAUUUUGAGUUAUUCCCAUGUUUUGAAAUUAAAAGACAGUAUCUUCAAAA